AUGGGGGACAAUGAUUUCCCGAACUUUGAGGAUGGUCAGGAAGAAACACAAGGAAAAUCUACGGAAAUUGAUACUGAGAUGCCUUUAGAUGUUAGAUUAAUUUCCACUACAACUUCUUUUGCCAAGUCUGUCAACAAUAAAGCCAUCAGACCUUCCAGGGCUCGCCCUAAUUAUUUUUUAUCCGUUCGACUUGAUUCCGAAGAAAUACGAGAAAAGUUUGCUGAAUUCUCAACUCAUGUGAAUACAAAAUACCCAGCAUACAAGAGAUUGCUGACUGAACCUCGACAGUUUCACGUGACUCUAUUUGUUUUCCACCUGAAAGACGCCAACAGGAUAAUACACACAAAGGACUGCUUAUUAGCAUGUCAAGAUAUACUGAAGGAAACUUGUCCGGAUGGUGCGCCAUCAUUGCAUUUCAGAGGAAUUGAUACAUUUAACGAGAAUCGCGUUGUUUAUACGUUUCCCGAAGAGACCACUGGAUUGGACUUGUUUACUAAACUCACAUACUGCCUUCAGGAAAAAUUUAAAAGUGAAGGCAUCGUGAACACACGUGAAGAAUUUAAACCUCACGCAACUCUGUUGAAAAUUAGAAGACCUUUUACCAUCAGGUCUCAAAAUAGCAAGAACCAAGUUGUGAAACGUAUUCCAUCAGAAGUUUUUGAAGAUUUCAAAGGUGAAGCAAGAUUUUGA